UUUAUGACAUUCGCUUUCAUUCUGCGUCUACUCGACCAGAGCUCCUUGCAAAGUUCCUAACCCUAACCAAGCUUCCUUUUCAGAAGCACCACGUCCAUUGAACGCCUGGUGACUACGUGAACCGACUUCCGCGGCACCACAAAUCGAAGCUGACUCCGACUGACUCGUCUUGAACCUGUGACAAGACAACAAUCUCAAGAUGGAGUCUGGAGAGCCUCCGAAGAAGCAGCGCGCGACGCAGCCACCUGCGGACAGACAGCCAGACACACCUCUACAAUUUUUGGAAUGCUGCUCUGCUCCUUCCAAAGCUGCAACCAGUAAUGGGUCAGUGAUGGAUGCAUUCACUACUGACACACCUGAAUCAAGUUUAAUUUUCUAUGAGUCUGGAAUGCUGAAUGUCGAGAUAAAGGAAGAGGAAGAAGAUAUUUUGGAUGAAAGCAGUGGUGAUGAAAGAGUGAGUGAAGUGAAGGAACAAGCAGCUCCUCACAAUAUGAAGCCAAUCCUUGACAGAGCUGUAAUGGCUUUGAUUGCUGUUGAUCUGUUGUGA